AUGUCCGUUCCCUCAGUUGCGAGUUUUUCUCUCGUUUUCGCACCAAUCAAGACUACCUUGGGCGGCAGCGCAGCAACUAAGCGUCUGGAGCGACUGAAACGCCUAGCCGAAGUAGAAUCCACACGCUCGCUGGAUGAGGAGGAGGACAAUGAAGAAGUCUCAGAACCGCCAGUUAAUCAGGGCUUCCGCAAGGCCUCUGCUAUGUUCCUUCGCGGCGCUUUCCCGCGCUAUCAAAAGCACGUGCAGAUGCGCCGGGCGACACAGGCGCAUGUGGCCGCGGAACGGCGACUGAGUCGUGCCGACGACGAUGUUCAACACUCCAAGCGUUCAAGUGGA